CUUAUUUAGCCAUAAGCCGAAAUUGGAUAGCAUCUGUAACAACGCCUGCGAAGUGUUCAAUGCUAAGAUCAAGGAUGCACGAGCCAAACCCAUCAUAACAUUGCUGGAGGAGGUAAGGAUGUUUGUUAUGCGAACCAUAGCGAAAAACAAGGUGAAGCUGCAGAAUCACACUGGGAAGCUCACACCUGUUAUAAAGAGCAGGCUGGAAAAGGUGAGGAAAGAAUCCAAACAUUGGAAGCCUAUUUGGACUGGGGAUAACGGAUACGAAAAAUUUGAGGUGCACGGACAUCCAACCAACCAUGUUGUGGACAUAGGAAAGAGACUGUGCACAUGCCAAUUUUGGAUGCUAACGGGUAUCCCGUGUGUGCACGCUUGUGCUACCCUGUCUCGUGUGAACAAAUAGCCAGAAGACUUCUGUCACAGAUGGCUGACCAUGGACUCAUACAAGGAAACUUAUAACCACCACAUUAAUCCAAUUCCGGGUCAACCACUGUGGGAAAAAGCAGAGGACUGUAACAGGCCACAUGCCCCUAAAAUCAAGACAAAACCUGGAAAACUAAAGAUGAAGCGGAGGAUGGAUGCGGACGAGAAUAGUGCUUCUGGAACUAAGAAGCCUAAAGUUGACCCAAAACUCUCAGGCAACACUGCAGAUGGUGUACACUUAAAGAGACAGCUGGGUGCAUUUACAUGCAGUUACUGUGGUGAUAAGGGGCAUACAAAGAGAGGCUGCAAAAAGAAAAAAGAUGCUGAUGCUGCUACUGCUGCUGCUGCAGCAGCAGCCGCUGCCGCUGCCGCCAAGGCAUCUGAGAAGAAGAAAAAUGAUGAAGUUCAUACUGUGCCUGAGAAGCCGGUUCAUCAGCCCCAAGACGUGUCUGGCCAAGCAGAUUUGGGAAGCAAUCCCCAGGAGAUCGAAUUAACUCAGCCUUCUGCUUCUGAGCAAGAGGAUUCUGAAAAGGAUCCUGCACCAAAAAGACCUUCCAAGCUGUCACCACGAAGACGAUCCUCUAAUCAGCCAACCGCACCAACAGUGAAUCCCUUGCAGGGUGCAUUUUCAGCAACAUCUUCAAAGUUUGCCAACUUGAUGCAGUUCAUCCCAACGCCAGGAUUUAGGCCUCCAAGAAAGAAGAAUUGAAUACUAGAUAUAUGUACU